UGCUAAUGUGUUCCAGGUGUGCUUCGAGGUAUCGACAUGGCGCGAGGUCUGUACUUUUUACUGACGCCUGUAGAUCCCUCCAUCCUUCGUAACGUCAACUGUCUCCUCCUGGGAGCGAUAUCCCUGCCUUCCUGUAUCCUCACAACACAGCCUGGCUUUGAUGGAGAGAUGCCCUACAUCACUAAAGACUACAGUUUUGAUCUCACCGGUGCAGGAAAGCUGCGAGUCUUCAAAGGACUGACCAGACCCAGUCAAAUGGGGAAUUAGUGACAUUUCUUAUCCAUCAUUUCUCUGUACCCUUCUUACCUGCUGUCUCCCACCCAAAGCAGUAAGGAUUGGCCUUUCCCCUGUACAGACCUGAGGUUGAGAUGGACUGUUUUUUACUUCAAGAUUCAGAAAGACGGAGCAGCCAGCGUCACAGACUCUGCAGGAAGAGAUGGAUGCCCUCCUGUUGGUGGACGUACAACCUCUUACUGUACGAACAUCUGAAGGACUGCGCUUUCUUGACAAUAAUAUCAAACUUUGUACUUAAAACUCUUUAUUGUCCUUGCUCCUUUGUGUAGUUGGCAUUCCAGAGCGGCAAAUCAAUACAAAUACUGCCGGAUAUUAAACAAAAAACACCUUCUGCUCAGACUUUGUGGUUUUAUUGAUUUCAAGUGUCAUAUAGUCAUACAUCCAUGUAGACUUCAACAAUGUAAUGGAUUAGGAUAAUUACUGUGAAUCUGAAGCCUAUUUUGUCAGUAUUGUGAUUAAAUACCAGUGAAAUAAAAUCGCUCUUUUUUUUUUUUGGCUUGCUGCUUUAACUGCUGUACAUUUGGUCUUGUCUUAA